AUGGAGGGAGAGCGCGAGGUGUGCGGUGCGGCACAGAGUCCUUGGUACAGGCCUUCGUACCAUCCACCCUCAUGCGAUUCCAGCCUUUGCCCAGGGUACUUCACGACGCAGGUUACGGCGGGGAAGACGUACCUGCUUCGCUUUAUCAACGGAGGCAGCCUGUCGCUGUUCAGCGUUGCCAUUGAGAACCACAACAUGACAGUGAUCGAGGUAGACGGAAUGGCCACGCAGAAGCACACCACGGACACCAUUGACCUCAAUUCGGGCCAGCGAGUCAGCGUCUUGGUGACCAUGGACCAGCCACCAGGAGCGUAUACUGUCAAGGUCAUCACCCGGGGAAGAUCGUCACAGCGAACAGGUUACGCCAUCAUCGAGUACGCGGGUGCCGCAUCCCAGAGCGUGCAACCAGAGACUGCCAAUGUGUCAACACCCGCGUGGGACGACAACAACUUCACCUUCGAUUUCCAGCAGGCAAUCAAAGGACUCUACACGGGGGACACCGCGAUCGCCGCGGUUCCAGACGACAGCCUUGUCCAGCGGACAUUUUACAUGCUCAGCACGCAGGAGCGCAUGGACCACACAGCGACGUACAACGGCGUGCCCUCGGUGAACGACCUCACAGUGGCCAUUGGUGGCCCUGGGGACAGGCCCCAAGACAAUUGCGACUCUGCAGGAAACACCAAGAAUCUGCGGUGGCUCUUGGGGAGGAGGUCGUGGAUGGGCAGCAACACGCCGACACUCGCAUCUCUGUACUUCGACAUCAACAGAGACCAGAUCUCUGAAGAACACAACUACUUCGCGGUGGAUGUCGGCCAAGUGUACGACGUUGUGAUCCAGAAUUACCCCGCUUGCAACGGCCACUGCGAGACCCACGCUUUCCACGCGCACGGCAUGCACUUCUGGGUCUUGGGCACUGGCCGUGGAGAAUGGACAGGGUCGGCGGAGCAACUUGCCUCGCUGAACAAGGUUGACCCGGCGUUCCGAGACGUGACGCAGGUCGUGAGCGAGGGCGUCAAUAACGAGCCGUUUGGCAAGAACUCCGACGAUUUCGGCCCAUGCGGAUGGACAAUGAUCCGGUUCAAGGUGUAUUCUCCUGGGGCGUGGUACUUCCAUUGCCAUAUGAUUUGGCACAUCUUGAUGGGCCAGAACGCAGUCUUCUACACGCCUGCUGACACUAUCCCAGCACCACCUGAUGAUCUGCUAUUCUGUGGUGACAUGACCAUGUCAUCCGCUCUAGCCAAAAAAUCUGAAGCAACAACAACGAGCGCGACAAACUCCGACAACGAGGCCAACUCCGGACGGAUGCGCCGUUUGGGGACUGCCUCUGUGGCCGCUGGAGGAGUGAUGUCCUGGCUUCCGUUCUAG